AUGAAGCUUCUAGAUCGGACGUCAUUCGCAUCGCCACUCGCACGAACGGGGGACACAUUCGGAGAUAAGCGGCGGAAGGUCUUGGAUGCCAUGACGCAUCGCGGACUCGAUCCGAUCAGCUUUACCGAGACGGUUGUUGUGCCGCACCACAUUGACUUCAUGGGCCAUAUUGCCAACGCACACUAUCCCACCUUCUUUCAGGUCUCGCACAACCGCCUGCUUUGCGCAUACAUCGCUGAAUUCACCAACGAAGAGUUCGCGAGCGCCGUCACUGGCGCGCACGAAAUCGCGCCGGUUCCCAUUCAGAUUAGCACGGCCUUCCGCCUUCCUGUUGGGUUCCCCGACGCCAUCAUCACGGGUGGACGCUUCGCAAAGGUUGACGACAAAAUCUGGCACAUCGUUUACGAGGCCUUUAGCCUGGCAAGUGGUCAGCACGUCGCCACAUUCGACGUCAUCAAUCGCCUCGUUGACCUGAAGACAGGUCGAGCCAUCAAAAUCUCUGAGAGCGACGCUGGCAGAGAGCUCCGCGAAAGCCGCGCGGGAAAUCAGUAA